AUGAAUUGUGAACAUUUUGCUUUUAUGAACGGGAAAUCAAAGGCUUUAGAUGAAGAAAACAUUUUUUUUGUAUUAUUCUUCCAUCAAACGAAGUCGAAUAAAAACAUUUUACAACAGCAACUGAGAAAAAGAUUUCUGUUGCCUAGUAAAAGAUUGAAGAAAAACUUUAGCAAUAAUAUUCACUACCAAAACAAAGAGAAUGCUUGA